AUGCUAGGCGUGAGGUUGACCACCCAGGCCUACUGCAAGAGGGUGCUGCACGGGGCCAAGUACCCCCACUUCGCCGUCAACGGGCUUCUGGUGGCCGAGAAGCAGAAGCCCCGCAAGGAGCAGCCCUCGCACAGCGGCCCCCACCCGCACCAGACCCUCUUAGUGGACUGCAUCCCCCUGUUCCACGGCACCCUGGCGCUGGCCCCCAUGCUGGAGGUGGCCCUCACCUUGAUUGAUUCAUGGUGCAAAGAUAAUAGCUAUGUGAUUGCUGGUUAUUAUCAAGCUAAUGAACGUGUAAAGGAUGUCAGUCCAAACCAGGUUGCUGAGAAGGUAGCUUCCAGAAUUGCCGAGGGCUUCAAUGACGCUGCGCUCAUCAUGGUAGACAACACGAAGUUUACAAUGGAGUGCAUAGAACCCACCAUCCAUGUGUACGAGCAUCCUGAAAAUAAAUGGCGGUGCAGAGACCCACACUAUGAUUAUUUUGAAGACUGGCCAGAAGCCCAGAGGAUCUCGCCAUCUCUCUUGGACAACAAGUCCUAUGAAACCCUUGUGGAUUUUGAUAACCACCUGGACGGCAUCCGAAAUGACUGGACAAAUCUAGAGAUCAAUAAAGCUGUUCUACACCUAUGUUAG